UGAGAACAACAUGAAGGCGUCCGAUUACCAUAGAUCGUUGACUGUGAUAGCAAUCUUGGCCUUCGAAGCUCCGAUCGCGCUGUGCUUCCAGUCAUCGAGAAUCUCUUCUGCACUUCGCACCGCUCAUGAUCUGCGACGCGGAGUCUGUCAACGACCUGCUGUGUCGGGCACCAGGAGUUGCUCUCCGUCAAGCUCUCUCCGAGCGUGCAUGCCCUCUCAUCGAGUCGUCAUCCUGCCAGGGUUCGGCAAUGCGCAAGAAGACUACAUCGAUCCUUUCGGGUGCGGGUUCGAGCAGAGCAUCACGUGCGCCCUGGAGAAGCGAGGGCACCAAGUGCAAGUGAUGCCUCUGAAGCGAGCCCAGUGGCUGAACGUCUUGUGGGGGAUCUUCACCCUGUCCUUCUGGCUCGGCAAGAGCUCUCCCUACGAGCCCGGCUAUGGUUGGUAUGUGAACAUGGCGAGAAGAGAAAUCAGUCGCGCCUACGAGGCUUCAAACAAGACUCCAGUGGUAGUCAUCGGCCAUAGCGCUGGAGGAUGGCUUGGGAGAGCAGUUCUCGGAGAUGGAACGUGGAGGGAUGAGGAUACGAAGACGAGGAUAGUAGACAUGAUCAGCUGUUUCGUUUCUCUUGGAACCCCGCACUCUCCACCCUCCAGCAACGCGAAGGACAUUAUGGACAUGACCCGAGGAGCCUUGACAUGGACGCAUGAGAACCUGCCCGGCGCCUUUUUGGCCCCGAGAGUUCCAUACGUGACGGUAGGAAGCGACCUUAUCCCGGGGGACAAGGAAGGAGCCAGAGGGAGUUUGGGGAGAUCGGCCUAUGAAUCUUACCGCCUUGUGUGCGGAGAAGGGUCUGUGCUAGGGGAUGGAGUUGUGCCCCUGCAGAGUUCACACCUGGAGGGUUCGACGCAGGUGGACUUGAAAUGCUAUCACUCGAUCAGCUCUCCUCGAAUGCCCGAGUAUGAAAUCCGAUCGACGUGGUACGGAAGCGAUUCCCUCAUAGACUCGUGGUUGAACGUAGUCGGCGAUGCUGUUAGUGUCAGUGCAAAGGCUCCGGUGUUGGAGGAGCGAAAUUGAUAGAGAGCGGUCCAGAAGACAUCCUUUGUAUUGUUUGUACUGUGAAACUGUGCACUAAAAAGCAGAAAACGACU